CCUGAGCUGAGAGCAGUCGCACACUCAGAGACUGGACCGGACCACACCGACAACAUGAAGCUGACACACGGCGUCUUCACCCUGCUGAUAUGUUGCAGUGUAUUGUGGGUACUCUCCUCCGCCGCCAAGCUCAAAGCUCCUCCUCCUCCUCCUGGGUGUGACUCCAUGUUGGCGUUCUCCUCAGAGCUCUCGUCCUUGUCUGAAGGAAACGGGAACAUCCACAGCAGAUCUCUGUCUCCGUGGAGCUGGAGGUCGUCCACGGUGAAGAACCGGAUCCCCUCCACCCUCUGGGAGGCCGAGUGCAGCAGCAGCUUCUGCUCCAGUCCAAACCCGGGACACAAAGACGGACACAACCUGAACUCAGUCCCCGUCUACCAGAACGUCCUGGUCCUGAACCGGCAGGAUGGACAACGCUGCUACACCGCGUCGUACCAGUCUGUGGCCGUCGGCUGCACCUGCGUCAGGGCCCAAUCCAGCCAGAACUGA